AGCACUAUCCACUUCCGGGCGGGGGCAGACAGAAAGGGGGUGAGGCUGAGGGCGCACCGAGGGAGUGCAGCUGGUGAGUGGGCAGUGCCGACGGCGCGCAGAAGGACGGGAAGAGGGCAGACCGGCGCUACGGCGCGUGCGCCGUGUUGCGGACGCGCCCCCGCGGCCAUCUUGAUUCAGGGCAGGAAAGAAGGCCCUGAAAUGUUGGUGUGCCGAGUGUUUGUUGAGGGUUUUGCUAGAUUUUCUCCUGAUGGCUGACUCUCAACCUCUCCUCUCCCUUGAUGGGGACCCUGUGGCUGCAGAAGCCUUGCUCCAGGACGUGUUUGGGAUUGUGGUGGAUGAGGUCAUUCGAAAAGGGACCAGUGCCUCUGAGAAGGUCUGUGAGUGGAAGGAGCCCGAGGAGCUGAAGCAACUGCUGGACUUGGAGCUGCGGCACGAGGGCGAGUCACAGGAGCAGAUCCUGGAGCACUGCCGGGCCGUGAUCCGCUACAGCGUGAAGACCUGUCACCCUCGUUUCUUCAACCAGCUCUUCUCAGGGUUGGAUCCCCAUGCCCUGGCCGGGCGGAUUGUCACAGAGAGCCUCAACACCAGCCAGUACACGUACGAAAUCGCCCCUGUGUUUGUCCUCAUGGAGGAGGAGGUGCUGAAGAAACUCCGGGCCCUGGUGGGCUGGAGCUCUGGGGAUGGGGUCUUCUGCCCUGGUGGCUCCAUCUCCAACAUGUAUGCAGUGAACCUGGCCCGCUAUCAGCGAUACCCAGACUGCAAACAGAGGGGCCUCCGGGCACUGCCGCCCCUGGCCCUCUUCACAUCGAAAGAGUGUCAUUACUCCAUCAAGAAAGGAGCCGCUUUUCUGGGACUUGGCACCGACAGUGUCCGAGUGGUCAAGGCAGAUGAGAGAGGGAAAAUGAUCCCUGAGGAUCUGGAGAGGCAGAUUAGCUUGGCCAAGGCCGAGGGUGCCGUGCCAUUCCUGGUCAGCGCCACCUCUGGCACUACAGUGCUGGGGGCCUUUGACCCCCUGGAGGCAAUCGCGGACGUGUGCCAGCGUCACGGGCUGUGGCUGCAUGUGGACGCUGCCUGGGGUGGGAGCGUCCUGUUGUCACAGACACAUAGACAUCUCCUGGCUGGGAUCCAGAGGGCUGACUCCGUGGCCUGGAAUCCCCACAAGCUCCUCUCCACAGGCCUGCAGUGCUCAGCUCUUCUUCUCCGGGACACCUCGAACCUGCUCAAGCGCUGUCACGGGUCCCAGGCCAGCUACCUCUUCCAGCAGGACAAGUUCUACGAUGUGGCUCUGGACACGGGAGACAAGGUGGUGCAGUGUGGCCGGCGUGUGGACUGUCUGAAGCUGUGGCUCAUGUGGAAGGCACAGGGCGAGCAGGGGCUGCAGCGCCGUGUGGACCAGGCCUUUGCCCUUGCCCGGUACCUGGUAGAGGAGCUGAAGAAGCGGGAGGGAUUUGAGUUGGUCAUGGAGCCUGAAUUUGUCAAUGUGUGUUUCUGGUUCGUGCCCCCCAGUCUGCGGGGGAAGAAGGAGAGUCCAGAUUACAGUGAAAGGCUGUCUAAGGUAGCCCCAAUCCUCAAGGAGCGCAUGGUGAGGAAGGGUUCCAUGAUGAUUGGCUACCAGCCCCAUGGUACCCGGAGCAACUUCUUUCGCAUGGUCGUGGCCAACCCUGCACUGACACGGGCUGAUAUGGACUUCCUACUGAACGAGCUGGAACGGCUGGGCCAGGAUCUCUGAGUCGAUCCAUCUCGCUGCUGGCCUGGGCCCCUCCCCCCAGCCUCGCCAUCUCCCUGAAUCUCCUCCCUACCUUCUCAAGAAGAAACUCACUAGGAAACAAAGCUGCCUUCAUUUUUAUGUGCUUUGACCCACUAGCUCUCCUGUAAAUUUUGGGCUGGCCAAAAAGUUGGUUCUGGUUUUUCCUCAUAACCUCUAAUGGAAACACCCAAAUGAACUUUUUGGCCAACCCAAUAUUUGAUAUUAAGAGGAUGUUUAAAUAAAUGGUAUGAUAUGUAUAUGGUAGAAUAUUACUCUGCCAUUUAAAUUGUAUUUACAAAGAGGACUUUUAUAGAUAGGAGAAAAAUAAUUUUAAUACAAUGUUAUGUUGAGAAAGCUGGAUAUGACUGUAUAUAUGGUAAUAUCUGACCUGUAUUCAAAAAUACAUAGGAAAAGACUGAUAAGAUGGAAUAUGCCAAAAUAUUAAUAGUUUUACCUGGGGUGGGAUUAUAAGCAGUUUAAAAAUAAACUUCUUUAUGCUUUUUGUGCUCCCAGCUUUUAUGAUAUAAUGAAUAUCUAUUAUGUUUAUAAUAGGAAAAUAAUAAAAGUUAAAAUUUCAGCCAUA